ACAACGCCGUUGCUUGUGCUUUCACGUCUGCCUUCCUGUCCCCCUUUGAUGAAAACCUGCCAGUGGCCUGUCGUCGCCAUGGUGGUCUGGUCAACACGCACAUGCGUACACAUCUGGUCAGUAAUGCUUUGUGCCUCUUCUGUUUGUCUGCCCCCUUACGGUGACAGCCGAAGUCUAAGAGGUCACUGGGGUAGAAACAUGCUAGGUGUAUGGGACACGGUUGUCGCCCUACCCUCGCUUUCACCGAUUUGACUGACAGUGUGCACAGUGGAGUUACAGUCAUCGGUUGCUCUUUGCACUUCACGAAUGCAUCGCAAAAAUAACUCGUGACAACUGUUGAGCCUCAUUGCUAUCACAGCCGCCGCUGCUCCACGUCCUGAUCACAACGCCGUGACGUCACAGCUGAGAGUGAAGUUGAACGUGAACGCACCUUAGCAUACCCCAAGUACAGUUGCUCGACUACUUCACUGAUAACACAACCGGAAGCGGAUUGGGGUGGAUCUCCCAAUACUCCAUGAUUGAACUCUCCGACGGCGUCAUUUACUCAUCGGUUCAUGGUGGAUUACUACAUACACCAGAGAUCCACGGCCUUGAGGAAGGAGAAAUUGUGCUACAAAUUUAACUUUUUUCAAAUAUCAACCUCAACCAGUACCCACUGAAUCAUGGAAAUAAUGUCCCGUGCGACAAACGUUACACCUACUUUGGCCUCCGUACCGCUUCGCUUUCCCAUACCGGAACCAAAUGGCUCUCCUAACGCAAUGGAGUCCACAGCUCCAGCACUGACACCGCCUGUAGCCGAGUCACCCGAACGCUCGCGAUCCAACAGCGGAACUGGGACCUCCGUCAACCAAUACGGCAGUCCGACUUCGUUGCCUUUGCCAAGCUUGCCGAACACUCCCUGCAGUGAAUGGAACCGAGACACAACGACUGUGGCACAGAGACGAGCAUCUAGCUUGGAUUACUCCGAAAUGCAAAUGGCAUCUGCGAAGUUACGUACCGAUAUCAAUGCAGAUGACGAGGUUCACAAUAAGCCCCGAAACGCAGUAUCAGAGGGUGCGUGUGCGGCUGCACUGUCACCAAGUUUAUUCAACAGCGGCCUAAUGCCUGCACCUGACCCUGAUGUCGCCAUCGAGUGGGCCCGAACGUUACAACAAUAUAUGGCGACAUCUAACGAGGAGGCAAAAUCGGCCAAAUUGAUCACAGAUAGGGUUGGGGAAAGUUCGAGAACACCGAGGGAUCCGAUGGACCAGUUGGCAAAAUUCCAGACCAUGCUAACCAGCAUGAGUCAUCUGCUGUUCUCAACACAGCUUCCAUCUAUGGGUAAGAGGCCAAGCACACACGAGCCUAUUUCUCAUAUGCUCAGUCCGAACCUCUUGAUGGAUCCAGCGCACUUCCUGCACGGCACUUCGUCUCCUGCAGCGCAAUAUGCCACUGCAAAAGCAACUGGGCAGUUGUCAAUGUUUACCACUCCUACAAGUUCGCAGCACGGUAUGUGUGCACCACCGAGCCAGGCGCCGCUCCUGUCGUCUCUGAGUGAUCUACAGCAAUCCCCAACCCAUAUGGCCUUAACUGCUUCACUGUUGGCAGCAGUGGCUGCACAAAGGCCUGCAGCGUUACCCGACCCGCUCCUAAAUGUGACUGAUUCUUUCUUCUCUGCAUACACACAGGCACCUGCAGCUGCAGCAGCCCAUCUACCCACACAUAACAGCAAUCAGGCAUCAACCUUCGUGAAUCAAGCAUUGGGAAAGUUCCCCAAUUACAACAUGCCGGACAACCGGGACUUACUUUAUGAACUGGGCAAACGGUUGAUGGCUAUAGCCUCUGCUCCAGCACAAACAGAUCCAGCAGCUAGCCAGUCCAGUUUGAGUCCUUUGUCUACAGCCGAGCCAAGAGCGAUUUCAAACCCAGGAUUACCCGGAGACGGAUACAGCCCACCUAGUGCGGGACACCUAUUCUCGAACCCUAUGUUGGCUAUGAUGAAUGCAGCAUUAUUCCCCGGGGCGAGUACAAAUCAACUUCCAGUCCAUUCUUCCUCCAACCCAUCUUUUCCGAACGGUUGCUCUCUUCCUGCUGCAUCGGACAACAGACCAACGUCCAAUGUCACGUACGACAGGAAUAUUCACAGCUUGUCAAGCGGUGGAACCGGAUUAAGUGGAAUAUCCAUGAGGGGUAAUCAGAAAUACAGUGCCUAUUAUCAACACCAGAGGAAACAAGGUAUACAGCUUGGUAAUCCUAACGACUUUGUUAACGCAAGUUCUAUUCGAAGACAGAAUUCGGUGGCGGCCUUUCCUAUGACAAACACGAGAUGUGGCUCUCGGCGACUCAGAAGCGGAUUUUCUAACCCCACUAUAACUCCGAACGGACAAGAAUCACGUGUGGUUCAGGCGCCGUCCAGAGUCAGAGGGAAUGGGGGGAUGACCGGAGGUUCGAUGUUUUCACAUUUUCGUGGCACCCCAUUUAAGCAUUCUUCCACAAGCAAUUCUUUUGGAUCAGCUCCAGGUCUUUCAAAACCACAAGCCACAUCGGAUGACCUAAUGAAUAGUACAACAGUCCCCAAUUCUGUCCCAAACGAGACGACUCCUACAUCGCAUCGAUUACGAGAUACGGCCUUUCUAUGCAGUUGUGGAAAGGACUUUGAAAGUUUGUACAUUUUCACUGUGCACAUGAAGGAUACUGGCCACAAGCCCAAAAGUGAUCAGUCAGAACGGGACAUACCCAAACUGGUCCGAGGUCAAGAUAUGUGGAUCAACAGUGAAACGGAACAGACCAGAGAGAUUCUACGCUGCAUGAGAUGCCAUCAGUCUUUCAGAAAUCUACCGGAAUUGACUAUGCAUAUGAUGAAGACAAAUCACUACUCCGAAAUUGUUUACAAUGAUUCUGGAAGACUAGUUUUUGUCAAUCCUGAUGAACACCGUCGUGGCCCGGCAACUACCACUAGCUCCGCCUCCUCAAUGAAUACGUCGUCAAGUAGGCAGACCGCUGCAAUCUCAGGCCAACAGUCCGGGAGGCGUAAUGUGAAAACAAGCUUGAAUGUUCCCACAUCAGUGAAAAACUGGCAUAGUCCGCUAACCGACAGACACAGGCGAAACCGUAGUGGCGAUGACCAGGUGCUGGAUAGACAGCACGGAGCAAUCUUUCAAUCCGAUAGAAUGCGUAGCCCACUGAACUCAGAGAGCCGACUAUCAGAACAGAAGGGAGACACUCGUCGCUCAGCCCCACAACAAAUGGAGUCUCUGGAAAAUAAUGGAAGCCCUGAACAAUUAACUGAUGCAGAUGGUCCACUGGAAUGUGCUGCUGAUAGGCAAGAAGGAGAAAGCUACCUGGAAACUUGUGAACAGCACAGCAACUCUGCGCCAACAUCGACAAAAUCACCCAAAAGAGUAACGCAGGACGAUGUUGGAUGUGUCGACAGUUCUACGGACCCUCAUGGCAAUGUGGUCAAUUCGAGUGUUAUCCGCCAAAUCGAGUCGUUUGUGGAGAGUAAUUUGCCACGUGAUUCGUGUGAGACGUCGACGACCAAAGUUGUGAGUUCUCAUACAGACACCUUGCAAUCCUCCUCACCAGUACCAGCGAUUACCGAGGGUGGUGUCGCCCACUCCAGUGCUAACAGCAGCUCAACACAUUCCCCAAUCUGCAGCAGGAAACGCACUCAUUCAGGGGCAAGUUUGUCUCAGCACUCCUCACCAAUCCCGAGUCCUUUAAAUGAAUCGGAGGGAAAAUCGAGGAGAACUAUCUCCGUUAAAACAGACAUAUGUUACCCGGUCUCCGUUACCUCACCCGUUAAGGUUACUAGUACCAGUGAGUUGUCCCAGCAAUUAACAGAAAAUCCUCUCUCAUCCUUGCAGAAGCUGGUGGAAACGACACAUAAGCCCAUACCACCCUCGUCGGCAUUUUCAUCAUCCGGGUCAUCUAUUCCAUUUCUUUCCUGCAGUUCCACACUUUCUUCGUCUAGGCAUCCAGCGAUUGGCCGAAAUUCGAACGCAGGAAACGGUUGCAGCAACCGAGUUUCAUACUCCCCAGUUUCCAAACUAUCCACUAUCGUCUCUGCAGGCCCAAGUACUUCGGCCGGGUCGUCAGUUGCACAACUUCUCCCUCCAAUUAACAAACACGAUAACCUACCACCGGCACUUUCUGCUUUGUACGCUUAUGUGGAAAACUCCUCAUUGAGCCAGUCGUCGGAAACCGCAAGCAGGGAUGGGUCGCACGUCCUUGAUCCCGUCGAUCAAAUUGAGGUUUCCGAAAUGUCAAACCCUUUGACCAACCUCGACGCAAAUGCAACCUCGCUAAAUCAUCCGGCUUUACAGGCAUUCUACGCUGCUGCGAUGUCAAAUCUCGCGGCUCAGUACUUGAACCCUUUGACAGCCAACACAAUGAAGGUAUCCACACAAGACGAUCCAUUUCAAUUGUUCAGACAAGCAACUCUGAAUUUCAGAGAUGCCUUCGAAACAUCUCUUCAAGCAACCAACUCUCCCAAACCCGAGUUGGCGAGCGAGUGGUUAAAAUUGCUACAGUUGUUCGGAAUGCAAACAGGGAAAUUUGAUUCAUGUGGCCAGACAUCUCCUUCGGAAUGUUCCGAACAUUCAGACACCAAUAACUCCGUGGGACGACUCGGCUCUCCGCCACAGCAUUGCAUGAGAGGUGGAAAACCGUCGGGAUCUGAUGCCGGAGAUUGCGAAUCCACACCGCACAUCCGGCCCAAGAUGGUCCACCACAAUAAUAGCACCCAUUCAAAUUUCGAUACCUCUUACACACCCGCCCCAACUCUGACUGCGUCGGGCCACUCGCCAUCUUCUCCACCAUCCAGCAUGAUUAAUCCGGGCGCUUUUCCUUCCACUCUGUCUAGUGCACAAUCAGGCCGGUUUCAGUCGACGAUGUCAAGCCGGCCGAUAAGUAGUAGUGGGAACACACCGACUAGUUUGAUCUCCACAAUGAUAACGAAGAAGGCGAAGUGCCACUUUUGUGGGAAACCUUUCGCCAACAAAGGCCAAGUGCGUCUACACAUAAGCAAGAACAAGUGUCCCUGUCUGUUGCAACAAUCAUGCCAUGCCGCUGCACUGGCCGCAGCGUUCGGCUCUGACAGGCGACAUACGCAUACUGCACUAGUUUCAGCUGCAACAUCGACGUAUAGCACACAAGUCAGUUCACCGGUGGGUUCGAUAAACGCAAAAAAUAACAAGAAUAUGGGAUUCUCAGCUUUUUCCGGGACACACAAUCCGGAAGACACAACUGAGGUUCCUUCUGCCUUCAGCCUUUUGAAAGAGCGUUUUCAAAGUUUUGACUUGAUGCAGCCGGGAACAACUCGCUCAUCAGGGCAACGACCAUUGGAUUCUAGUCAACACAACGGCGCCUUCUCCUCCGUCUUCACCACCGUACCCAGCGCCAUAGCGGAUGGUUCUCUGCAUAUUGCAAACUUCCCUUUCCCUCCGAUGACCCAGAGUUCCGAACAGUGGUGCGGUUCGACCACACCGGUUUCCUCCAUCUCAGUGACCAAAGAUGGUGUGUCAAGUCACUCUGGCAACAUCAAUGUGGCAACUGCGACAGCAGCCGCGAAUGCUAGCCAUUUGGCUGCCAUGGCACUACUUGCACAGACCUUGGUUCAACUGACUUCCGCCCAAGUUCCGCGGCCUCUUUCAAACGUUAAUGUGGUAGAAGAUGUAAACUUUACGCCCUCGCGUCGGCUAGCUCCGUAUCCCCCAUGCACGAUCCCCAACUCUUCGGACCUGAUGGGUGCAUUUCCACUUCUCAAUCCUGGGAAUAUUAAUAUGGAGUUGUUGCUAAAUCAGGUGAACUUUGCGAGGCAGCUGGCUAAUAUCGGUUGGAAUGAUCCAUCGUUAGUGUGUGGACACAAAGACACCACGGGUGGUUUAGACUCCGUGGACAGCUACCGGACCGAGCUAGCUCCAAACAGUUUGCCGUGAACAAUGCCAGCCAACCAGCUCGGGGACGAGACAAGCGCAUAUCAUACCCAAUGGUAAUUUGAACCAGAUUUACCAAUAUUCUACAUAUGUGGACCAUACCGCUCAGACGAAAGCAUCUGUAGCGCAGUCAACCAAUGAAGAUUUGCAUGCUCCUGGCGUUCACUUUGCGGGUUCUCAUCUUAACGUGUAUUUCCCGUAGCGUGAAGUUUCACCCGAGAAGUAUCAAAUCCGAUACAGUUGUAUUAUGUGGCUUUCACUGUACAUAUACACGCGGCACUCCGCCACCAUUUUCCGUGUGGCAGUUGAGCUCUUUGUGAUCAUUCCUUCCGAGGUGAGAAUGCCAUCUUGAGUUGAUCAGCAUAAUUUGCUUGUUUGUGACGCGCUUCAUCAAAUCGUGAUGUUGCUUCAGAGUGAUAAAAUUUUUGCACCCGGCCAUUGUCAGAUCUAUCCUUCUAUCGUUCUUUCCAUUCUCUGUUCUCCCAUGAUCGAAACUGAACGCAUUUUUUUGUACAAAAUUAUCAGCUCCACAAUUGAUCUUGUAUUGUACAUAAACUUAAAACAAUCUAUCAUUCAUCCAUCAGUUGCUAUUACCAUUGUUCUCACAAAUCAUUCUAUCUU